CUUGACCAAUCCACUCCAAACCGAGCCACCAAACGUCACCUAAGGGUAUACAUUUGUUGAUCCAAGGAGGAGAUUUGAACAUGAAACUUCUUAUAAUAUUUAAAGAUAAAAACCACUACACUAACACGUAGUUCACUUGACCCAAAAAAAACAUGUAGUUCAUAUAACAAUGGUAUACUUGGAACUUAAAUGUAAUAAUUCACAAAAUAUUUUUUUUCUAGCAAAAUGAGUUUUCUUAAUAACCCUGUUAGUGUAAAUAACUCUUUAUUUAAUCCCAAUUAUAUUGCCAUUUGAACACUAUUAACUGGUGCGGAUGAUAAUUUCAGUACAUUAUAAAAAAAAAAUUAAAAAAAAUUAACCACUUACGUGACCUAUGUCAAUGGUUUGACUCUUGCAGUGAGCUCAAAUAUGUAAAUUAAAAAUAUUGGCCUGCUUAUUUGAUAAUUCAUUUUGACAUUAUCAAUUUUUACCCCGCUGGAGACAUUCUCAACUUGUAUCAGCAUCAAGCUCCAAAACUAUGUACCAAGAGCAACAACGAAUUUUAACAAGAAUGAUAAAAAUAAAAUAAAACAAAAGUUGGCACCAAAUUGCUAGUAAAUCUAGUGUAAGUUAUAACAUAAAGCCUAUCGCCAGUUUGGUGUAAGUAACUAUGGAUUUGCGAGCAUUACCAAGUCCUCUAUAUUAAUUCCAUAACUCCAGCACAGGUUUUGGACUGUUAUGUCAAGGACAAUUUGGCAGCGCUUUAAUUUAACCAAGUCACAACAAGCCAACCUUCACCUUCAAUCUGUACAAGAAAUGCAGGCUUUUUCCAGCUCGAUCUCUUGCUAUUUUCUAUAUAUAAUUGCUUCAGUGGUAGACAAACACAGAGCACUUGUACUCCCAAGUUCUUCUUGAUCAAAAGAUGGAGAACAAAAAGUGUGUGAUGUUGCAGAUUAUAUAUCUUCUUGGCUUCAGUGUCAUGUUUUAUUUAUCAGUAGCAGUUGCUGCGGAGACAGGUGAGGGCAAAAGUAGCAUGCAAACUUACAUUGUUUGGGUGAAAAGGCCAGUCCAGAACUUGUUUUUUGUAAAAUCUCAUGAAGAUUUAGAGAGCUGGUAUCACACAUUUUUGCCGGACACUAUUGCAAACUCAAACGAGCCGACAAAGUCAAGAAUGGUUCAUACAUACCGCAAUGUGGCCACUGGAUUUGCAGCAAAACUGACGCCAGAGGAAGUAAAGGCAAUGGAACAGAAAGAAGGGUUUGUGUCUGCUCAUCCAGAGAGGAUUCUGCCUUUGCACACUACUCAUAGUCCUAACUUCUUGGGGUUGCAGCAAGGAUUGGGAGUCUGGAAAGGAGCAAAUUACGGUGAAGGUGUGAUAAUUGGAGUUUUGGAUACAGGGAUCGGACCGGAUCAUCCUUCAUUUAGUGAUGAAGGAGUACCGCCUCCUCCAGCUAAAUGGAAAGGUAAGUGCGACUUCGAUGGAACAUUGUGCAAUAACAAGCUUAUUGGUGCAAGAAAUUUCCAAAGCGGAAAAACUACAGGAGGCCCUCCAGUUGAUGACGAAGGCCAUGGCACCCACACAUCCAGCACAGCUGCAGGGAAUUUUGUGAAAGGAGCCAAUGCUUUUGGAAUGGCCAAUGGCACAGCGGCUGGCAUGGCACCUUAUGCUCAUUUGGCAAUGUACAAAAUCUGCUCUGAGGAUGGUUGUACAGAAGGUGACAUUGUAGCUGCUCUAGAUACUGCUGUUGAAGAUGGUGUGGACGUGCUCUCCCUUUCACUUGGUGGUCCUUCAUUUCCUUUCUAUGAAGAUGGAAUUGCAGUGGGUGCAUUCGGAGCAAUUCAAAAAGGAAUUUUUGUCAGUUGUUCAGCUGGAAAUUCUGGUCCUUCCUAUGAGUCUUUAUCCAAUGAGGCCCCAUGGAUUCUCACAGUAGGAGCAAGCACCAUUGACAGGAGCAUAAGAGCAACAGCCUUGCUUGGAGAUCAUGGAGAAUUUGACGGCGUAUCUUUGUUCCAGCCUAAAGAUUUUAAUUCAACAUUGUUACCUCUUGUUUAUCCUGGUGCAAAUGGCAACCCAUCAUCAGCUUUAUGCAGUCCAGGAUCCCUUGAAAAUCUUGAAGGUAAAAUAGUGGUGUGCGAAGGAGGAAGAGGAAGAGUUGCCAAAGGGGAAGAAGUGAAAAGAGCUGGUGGUGCUGCCAUGAUUCUUGUGAACCAAGCGAUAGAUGGCUAUAGCGUCUUAGCUGAUGCUCACGUCCUCCCUGCAACACAUGUGAGUUAUAAGGCAGGUUUGGAUAUCAAAGCCUUCAUAAACUCAACCUCAACACCUACAGCCACAAUCUUGUUUAAAGGCACUGUCAUCGGAGAUCCACUUGCUCCCAAGGUUGCUUCCUUCUCAUCAAGAGGACCAAGCACUACAAGCCCUGGAAUUUUGAAGCCUGACAUCAUUGGUCCCGGUGUUAGCAUCCUAGCUGCAUGGCCUGUUUCUGUAGACAAUGGAACAGAAGGCAAGGCAACAUUUAACAUGGUUUCAGGUACCUCAAUGUCAUGCCCUCACUUAAGUGGCAUUGCAGCCUUGCUCAAAAGCUCCCACCCUGACUGGUCACCAGCUGCCAUUAAGUCAGCAAUCAUGACAACCGCUGAAGUAGAAAACCUCGCAGGCUCUGCCAUUGUUGACCAAACACUUUUUCCAGCAGAUAUCUUUGCCCUUGGUGCAGGCCAUGUUAACCCUUCAAAAGCAAAUGACCCGGGGCUUAUCUACGACAUACAACCAGAGGAUUACAUUCCUUACUUGUGUGGUUUGAAUUACACAGACGAGCAGAUACAGGUCAUCACCCAACAAACAGUGAACUGCUCUCAAGUAGGAGCCGUACCAGAAGCACAGCUAAAUUAUCCUACAUUUUCUAUCAAAACCGGGUCCUCAGAGACUAGGACUCAGUAUUACACAAGAACGGUGACGAAUGUUGGCCCAGCGAAUUCAACUUACAACUUGGCUCUUGUAGUACCACCUAAAGUGGGCAUGAGUGUAAAUCCUCAGGUGCUCACAUUCACAGAGUUUAACCAGAAAAUUACCUACCAUGUCGAGUUCAACGCACACGACGAUGCUGGGAAGGACGGUGUCCCAUUUGCUGAGGGAUAUUUGAGAUGGGUUUCUGAUAAGCAUUCUGUUACCACUCGAAUAGUUGCUACCUUCAGCACUCAAUGAACUUAAACUUGGACCCAGAAGAAAAUAUCACAAGCUUGCAGAGAAUAACAGAAAAAAUUGAAACCCAAAAUAAGUACUACUCCGUUGGUGCCAUUCUAGUCUUCAAGAUUUGAUCUUUAACUUGCAAUCCCCUCCAUAGCAAUGUCUCUCUGUGUGUGUAGGAUUCUGAUUGUGAUUGUAAGGCCAACCAUUUCUUACAUAAUGUUUCAACCAAAAAGAAAACAGAGUUCUUUAAUGUUAUUUUUCCAGAUAGAGCUAGUUGUGGAGGCAAGCACUAAUAUUAAUAUAUGAAUGGCAUCAACCAAUAUACAAAUUCGGGCAGUGGUUUACAUGGUAACUGAAAAUUUGGGGAUUUUCUAACCAGCCCAAUAGACAAACUUAUAGGUGCUUCAAGCCAAGUCUGCAAGGUUUAAUAGGAUACAUACCUUGAAUUGACAAUUGGGUUUCAGAAUCCAAUCUUCCAUAAUGCAGUGUUCUGAAGACUAAUCAGAGUAGGGGUUAGAGUGUUUUAUGUGGUAGUUGUGCUGGGUUUUUAGGAAGUGAGAAUUCUUCUUGUUGUUCUUCUUCUUUCCUUUUUUGAGCCCGGGUGUACUGAUUAAAUAUUCGGGUGAAUUUGAAGUCUACUGAUUUUUUCAACCAAUAAAUCCUGAAACCAAAGGAUUCUGGAGCAGGUUAUGUGAUAGUCGUAAAAAGAGCCACCAACUAGUUUUUGGUGUAGUAACAUUUCUACUUACUAAUGGAAGAAAUCAUAAGUUUAAUCCAAUGUCCGUUAGGGGGUGGCUACAGACCGUUCUCAUCUCAAAUUGGAAUCAGAAUAGGCACUAUUCGUUCAGUAAUUCGGUCCCAUUUUAACGAAAAAAAUUAUUAAACCAUUUCGGUCUAAUUUGCCCAUAAAUUGGUUCAGUUUCGGUUUUUUGGGUUUUGGACCAGAAUCUUUUUUUUUCUUUUUUUUUUCUUUUUUUUUUCUUUUUUUUUCAACAAAACCCAACUAAAAUUUUAUAUUUUGGGCUUAAAAAUUCAUAAAUGGCCCAAUUUCACGCAAAGGGAGGUGAUUGUGCCUAGAAAAGAGAGGUGAUUUGGAGUUACGUUUGGGGAAAGAUUAGUUAUGGGCAUAGAAAUUUAGCAUUGAAAUUAAAUAUUUUAUUGAAAAAAUAAAAAUGCACAGUGGAUUCAGUUUUUUCACUACAAGAACUAGAAUCGGACCAAAUCGAUUUGGUUUGAUUUUUGAUCCACCCAAUUUUUUUCUUGUUUUUUCGGCUUAAUUCGGCUCUA